AUGUCUUCUACCACCGUCGAGACAGUCGAGCCCAAACCGAAGGCAGCGGCGAAAAUGCGAAAGCGAGCACCUAAAGCGUGUUUGUCAUGUAGAAGUCGUAAAGUUAGAUGUGAUGUUUCACAGCGCGGGCGACCGUGCAUGAACUGUUAUCUCGACAACGAAACUUGCGUCGUGACUGGACGAGCGUCGAGAUUUAGAAGAGGCCAGAGAGGUGAAAAUGACAAUUCCCAAUCGUCAUUUCCCCCUUACCCGGCGGAGGAGUGUGCACAUGGCCGGACUUCAGAAGAUGUAGUAAAUUCGCGAGCCAAUGGACAGUUACCGUCACUCGGAGCAGAUGGAGAGAACAUUGCUCCGCCACAAGAUGCGUCCAGUUCGAUAAACCGUACUGAAAACCAGACAACACCGGACGUUGAAGCAGAAGGAUGGCUUGGGUCGGAAGCACCGCAACAAGCGACGCAAAGUGGAUUAAAUGAGCAACAUAGCAACAAAAUACCAAGUCCCGUCCCUCUGAUCCAAGAAGCCACGGCUUUGCCGUUAAACACCUUCAACUCUUUCAUCUCUCCGGAUAUACCCCUUUGGGUUGGCGAUCAGCGCAUCGCAGUCAACGCUGAUAUCACAUAUUCCUAUUAUCCGUUUAUAAGCAUAGGAAAUAUUCAUAAUAUCAUGCCUCAAGAUGUCAACUACUUAGAGUCGCAAGGUUGUCUUCGAGUCCCGACAAGAGCGAUUCUGGACGAGUUCGUCCAACAGUACUUCUUACAUAUCCAUCCUAUAAUGCCGAUCCUCAACGAAGGGGACUUUUGGGACAUGUAUUGUAAUCAAACUUCCCCGGAGUCAGGCGACAAGAUUGCCCUCGUCUUUUUUCAAGCGCUCUUAUUCGCAUCGUGUAAUUUUGUCUCAAAAAGUAGUAUCAAAGCUCUUGGAUUUCCCAGUAUCCGCACCGCAAGAGCUACUUUCUAUCGGCGUACAAAGCUCUUAUUUGACUUCGACACCGAAACAUCAUUGGUUGAUCUGGCACAAACCGCUCUGCUUCUCUCCUUCUGGGCUACGAAUUGGUCCCUCGCUUCCAAGAAGCUGAAUAGCACGUGGCUUGGCAUCGCUAUACAGAACGCGAAGAGUUCCGACGCUCACUUAUACGCAGUUAAGCCGAAUGUCUCUGCUUUAACCGAUCCAGUGCAGCAUAAGAAGCAGAACAUAUUAAAACGUCUAUGGUGGUGUUGCAUUAUCCGCGAUCGCAUAUUAGCUCUCGGUGUACGGAGGAGCCUACAAAUAUCCCGGGCGCAUUUCGAUAUCGAUGGUAAUACCGGUCUUGGAUAUAUCGACUUUGCCGACGAGGUUGACCGGUCUAAGGUAUACAACCCGGAAACUAAGAGGUGCCUCGUCGAGAUAUUUGUCCAGCUUGGAGAACUCUGUUCGGUCUUGACCGAUCUCGUAACUUUAGUGUUCCCUCUUGACGACGUACCUGGAUGGGAUAGGGAAUUGGGCGCAGAAGGGGCUAUCAAAUUGAAAGAGUGUAAGGCUGCGUUAAGACGAUGGUAUAAAGGUGCAACGCUCCGGUUUCCAAUGUUCGGUGGCGGGACUACACCAAGGAUGACGACUGCGAAUAAUAAGCAUUACCAACAUGAUUCCGUGAUCCUAUACACCAAUCUGAUGUACAUGCACUACCAUUCUGCCAGGGCAGCUCUUUGCCACCACGAAGUUCUACAGUUGGCUGUAGCUUGCACUUCGCCCAACCUUAGUAACAACCUCCGGGAAUUUUCGAAUAUUUACGAGAAUAGGCACGAACUUCAAGAUGCAGCAUGUAGUGUGACGGAAUGCUUAAAAGAACUUAUUCAAUUACGUCUUGCCCGUUGGCUACCAAUUAGCGCUGUUGCAUGUACCGCAUUGCCUCUAGUUCUUCAUAUUAUCGACGUCAAGCUAUCUUCACAGAAUAGGAAUAAGACCGGAAUAGCAGAUUCAGAUCCGCAGAUGGCAGCUAAGCAACAUCGUCUUAACAUUCUCAUCGAAGCGAUGAAGACAUAUCAACCUCAAUACGACGGCGUAGACUAUAUCAGUGAAACAAUCCGGCAUAUUAUCAACUUAGCUCAACUAGAUGCUCCUGCUAGUACCGGAUGGUGUUUCUCAGGGCUCUCCACAGAUGGCAAGCAACCGGCACCAGCGGAUUGGACUGAUAUACUCGCUUCUCAACCAGGAUACUAUCUACGAUUAGCCAUGACAAUGGAUUUAUGUUUUAGCAAGGGCCGACUAGCGGAAGAGUCGGACUUCCCAGAAAAUUUACGAGGGCUAUUUUCAGCUGAUUUUAGCUCAAUCAGGGCCCUCAUCGCAAGUGGGAGGUCAGUGUCUGGGGCAACGUCAGCGGCGCAGAACCAAGGGACGAAUUACUUCGCGCCGAACUCGACCAUAAACAUAACGCCGGGUACAGUACACUCGCUCUCGUCGGAUGAGGAGUCUAAUUCGCCUAAUUCCUUCGAUGGCAAUGGUAACAACACCUCCGAAACACAUUUCGACGGACACCCUGCUGCAUUAAACCCCGCCGACAUCGAUAUGUCCGGAGUGUUCGGCAACACGCUGAACAUAGACCACCUCGCUAGCGAAGUCCUUGCCGCGUACGGGCUAAACGCAGAAACGGGCGGUGGUAUAGGAGAAGACGAUUGGAUCGAGAGGGCGUGGAGCGAUGAGGAGAUGAAAGACGCAGGCGCUGCGUCGCAAGGCCAAGAUCAUGGUGGUGCGGAUAAGGAAACGGCCAGGGUUCUACUUGAUGCUUUACGAGAUGAUAGCAUAACAUGCGCUGUAUGA